CACGCCCCUUCUGAGACUGUCUGUCAUGGCUGCGCACAGCGUGAGUGAGGUGCUAAAAUAACGUUUAUUUUUUGCUGAGGCGAAUACGUGUAACAUUUGUAUAACAUAUGAGAUAUGUUGUUCAUUUUAGUAGCUCCAGUUAUAACCUCACAGCGUUAUCUUUGGUAACAUCACGUUAUGUGCUCUUUACCUGAAGAACUAGUUCCGAAGUCACCUAAAGUCAUAAGAUAUUUACUAACCUAACGUUUAUAUAUCUAUAUCUUUCUAUCUAUAUAUGUGUGUGUUCAGCAUUAUUUAUACGACACGUGAAAUAUACAGACACUGACUUUAUUGUCUUUAAGUUCACUGAUGUGGGCUAAAUUAUUUCUGCGCCCCUCGUUUGUCACUCGCCUUCAUCAUCUCACGUGGAGUCGCAGAUCAUUAGUCACAAUGCAACUGAAAACUAAAGAGUUUGAGUCCUUAUUUACCGACGGACUGGUUGGCCUGGCUGAAAUGUUUGAGAAGAACCAGUUUGAGCUGAGGAUUGCAGGAGGGGCGGUUCGUGACCUUCUGUCAGGAAAACGGCCUGAAGAUGUGGAUUUUGCCACCACAGCCACUCCAGAGGAGAUGAAGAACAUGUUCCAGGCAGAAGGAGUGAGGAUGAUCAACAACAAAGGAGAGAAACACGGGACCAUUACUGCCAGGCUUCAUGAUGAGAACUUUGAAGUGACCACUUUGCGAGUGGAUGUACAGACCGACGGGCGGCAUGCAGAGGUGGAGUUUACCACCGACUGGCAGAAAGAUGCAGAGCGCAGAGAUCUCACCAUCAACUCCAUGUUUCUUGGGUUGGAUGGAACUCUCUAUGAUUAUUUCCAAGGAUAUGAGGACCUCAAGAACCGUCAAGUUAAAUUUGUUGGCAGCGCCUCGCUACGGAUCCAAGAGGACUACCUUCGAAUUCUGAGAUAUUUCAGAUUUUAUGGGCGGGUGACAACUGAGCCUGGGCAACAUGAACCUGAGACUCUGGAGGCAAUAAGGGAGAAUGCCAGAGGAUUGGCAGGAAUCUCAGGUGAGAGGAUCUGGGUGGAACUGAAGAAGAUGCUGGUUGGAAACCAUGCUGAUCACCUGCUUGAGCUUGUCUAUGAGUUGGGCCUUGCCCAGUACACAGGUCUUCCAGCAGAUGGCAAUGUUGUGGAGAUGAAGCAGAUCUGGCAGAAGGCUCAUGACAGCUCUCCUAAACCAAUGACUAUCCUGGCAGCUCUGUUCCGAAGCCAGGAUGAUGUGGAGAAACUGGAUCUGCGAUUGAAACUAUCCAGAGAGGAGAAAAAUCUGGGUCUCUUUUUGGUCAAAUACAGACGAGACCUCGUUAAGGGACAGGACGAACAUGACAACAUGAAACCAUACACAGAUUUCAUCAUUGAUUCUAGAGAGCCGGAUUCCCAGAGUAAAGUACUGGAGCUGCUGAAAUAUCAGGGAGAAAAGAAACUCUUAGAUGAGCUGAGCAGGUGGUCCAUUCCGCGCUUCCCAGUGAGUGGGCAUGACCUACGAAAACUGGGUUUUACCUCUGGUAAAGAGAUUGGCAUCAUCCUUCAGGAGCUAAGGGACAUGUGGAAGAAGAGCCACUAUCAGAUGAGUAAAGAGGAACUCCUGGCCACCCUCAGCACAUCCUGAUGCCAGAUAAGGAAACACACUAACAUCAAAAGUGCUUGUUCCUCUGCAUGCAUGUGCAGUAAUGCAUUAUGAGUAUGUGUCCAGAAGCUGCACCUCCAGCUCCGGUGUCAGUUCGUAGUGUAAGAAGGAACCGUCAGGUCAGUCGUAUAAAUCACUUUGUCCUACGUCUUUGCAGAUACAAUGCUAUCACAGGUUUAGGUAUAUCUUGGGAGUUUGUAUUAGCUAUGGUUUAUUUGGAUGGUCGUAAGGGUGCAGAACAUGCAUUGGACCGUUUUUUUUUUUUAUAUAAAUUGGGAUUUAGUUUGACAUAAUAUCAUAUUGGUUUAAACUGAAUGAUGAGGCGAUGCAAAGUUCAUUUCGAUUUUUGUCCAUUUGAUGUGGGAUUUUGCCCUUUCUGAAGAGUGGUGUAAUUACAGCGAAGGGGGUAAUUUAUCUCUUUAGCAGAGAUGACAUCUUAUAUGAAGCUGUAGCCAUGGUUUCAUUAUGAAGAAAAUGAUGUUGCUUUUGUCAACAGUUCAUAGUUAUUACAAGGUUAUGCAACCAGGUGUUUACUUUGAAAUAAAGUAACCCACAUCACAUCGUA